GGGCACCACUGGGGUUGCAGAUAGGCAGGGCCUUGGCUGCUCUGUACUCUGAUGGCUAAUGUGGAGUUUUCCAGGCUCCUGUGUCCUCACUGGUCUUUCAGGUUCUGUGGGGGGUGUCAUAGGCAGUGCUACCCUGAGAAACUCACUGGAGCUCUGGCUAGACCUUGUCUCACUGUAUUAAUGGACCCUUGGGGUGUCCAUCAGCUUGGGUCCAGCUGGCUUCUGAGCUCUUUUUGGGUAACUAGACCCAUGGUGGGGGGAGAUGGGAACUAACUAGUGAGCCCAGGGUGCACUCAGUACCUCUCCCAGCAGCUGAGGCCCCUCAGGCUGUUGUAAGAUGGGCCAGUCCACCCCAGCCAGUUACACUCAGUACCUCCCCAGCAGCUGAGACCCCUCAGGCUGUUGUAAGAUGGGCCAGUCCACCCCAGCCAUUUGUAGUGUGUCCAGGGGGUCAGAAUGGGCACCAGGUCCAGUCUACUCAAACUGAACAAACUUCGUUUUCCACUUGCCUGCUGCCAAGCAGACCCUCUCAGCAGCUGGACCUGCAUAACUGUUGAUGGGUCAGAAUGGCCCUGUAACUGGCAUAGAAGUUUGUUCUAAGUGUUUCCCCACCUGCCUGCUAUGUCCAGGGACUGCAGAGAGGGAGAUGUGAGGACAGGGAGCCAAAAGAGGAGGUACUAAGUCCAAAGAUGGGGGUGGGGGUCCUGCCCAGGAGGGCCUACUGCCUGCUGGCUGGAGUUGCUGUUGUACUGGGAAGCCUCUAUGGACCAGAUUGGGAAGAAGUUCUAGAGGGGGGCAGGGGAACCUGGCCCAGGUAUGGGAAGGGCUGCUGGAUGUGGGAGACUGAGGAGGGACAAGGAUCAGGGUGAGUGUAGAAUUUCUACAAGGAAUUGGGCACAAGUGUGUUCCCUGAGCAAUUCCAAAGGAAGGCAUGUAGAUUCUGGUGGUGCCUACCCAGGCCAACAUCUCUGUUUCUGGAAUGCACUUUAGCUGAAGGCAGCUCAUUACCUGGAGGAGUUAUUCAGACUCAGGGUUGUGACUCUCAUACCAGGCCGAGGCUGGCCCAUCUACUUUUCUGGUCCCUACAGCCAGACAUCAUCUAGAUAGUUCUGCCUGUUUGAGCUCUCAGGAGGGUGGAUUGGGUGCCAGUGAGGAAAGGUGGUAGAUGAGACCCUACAGGUCAUAGUGGGAGGUGGGUAGUUUCUACUGGGUACCCAGAGUUUGAGACCUAGUGUGCCAAGUCCUAAUGCUUGUUGACCACAGUAACUCUCUUCACUCCUCACUUGAAUCUCCUGAUAGUCCUGGAGGGCAGUUGAGGACCUCCCUCAACACACAUGUACACACACAUACCAAACUAAGUUCCUGGGCAUGUGUUUACGACACACUGGGCCACACACCAUGCUAUCUGCAGAGCUCUGGUCCCCUCAGGGCUGGAUGUGUGAAUGGACUGAUUACAGUAUAUACUGGAAGAGGCUUUCCAAGGGAGGCAAGGGCUGAAUGGGCUAUGUAUUUUGUGGGGGGCACCCCCUGGGCAAGCUGAAGCACACCAUCACCACAACCACAGAACCUAACUCUGGACCAAGAUGUAGGAGCUGCUUUGGGGCAGGAGUUCCUUGAAUGAAGAACCCCUUCAAUAAGCUGUGGAUGCUGGAAAUGGCGCCAACCUCUGUGGUGGCUGUAUCUUUAACAUAUUUAAAUUCACAACAGAAUGGAUAAUGUAGUACAGAAAAGUUUCCAGAGGACCUCAUACCCCAGGCCCCAUUAACAUGAAACAUCACCAUAAUAAACUGCCUCUGUGUUAGCUGAAGGCCACAAUCCAGAUGUUUCCUACAUUCACUUGGCCCCUCCUGACACCAGGGCACCUCUUGAAAGACAGUCUCUUUGUCUUAGCUGCCCAUGGCUACUUGAAUACCACCCUGGUAUUUUGUAGGAUGCCCUCGGAAAUUGACCUGUGUUUUUUUGUUGUUGUUUUGUUUUUUUUGUUUUUGUUUUGUUUGUUUUUUCUCUUGCUUUGUUGAGGUUCUGUUUUCAGGAAGAAUACUGCAAGGGUGAUGAGCCAUCUUUAUGGAUGGUAUCAACAGGACUUAUGUCCAUGAUGCCCUGAGUCACAGGCUCAGGUGUCACUGCAAAGGUGCAAGUCCCUCUUUCAUGCUGUCCUCUGAUACGAUGUUGCUACCCACAUGCAGCCACUGGAGUGGGGGGUAUGCUUCCUACUCUGGUGUAGACUCUCUGAGUGGUUGGUGGUUCUCUGCACGAGGCAGGGGAUGGUUCUCCUCAGCCUGGCUUUGUGUUGCGGUUGCUGUCAGCCAGGGUAUCUGUAGCCAGAGCUGCAGUCUGUAACUCUACUUUGUCUAUUGGUUAAAUUGUUACAACUUCAGUGUGACUAAUCCACAUACCAAUGUUCAUGAGUGUGUAAGCAUGUUCUUCCUCUUUGAGCUUUCUCCACGCUCUUGUUUCCCCUACCCAGCCAUCUGAUCAGCCACUUCCCCGAGGGAUUCCCAGUUCCUCUUACUGGACAGGAAGUUAGAAACCAGAGUCCAAGAUAUGCUCUUUUUUGUUUGUUUGUUUGCUUUUCAAGACAAGGUUUCUCUGUGUAGCUAUGUGCCUUUCCUGGAUCUUGUUCUGUAGCCCAGGCUGGCCUUGAACUCACAGAGAUCCACCUGGCUCUGCCUCCCGAGUGCUGGGACUAAAGGUAUGCGCCACCACUGCCUGGCUAGAUAUGUUCUUUAUUUUGUGAUUGGGGUUUGAGAAAGAGGUUCAGUGGCCCAGGCUGGUAUCAAACUCACCAUGUAGCAGAGGAUGACCCCGAAACCCUGGUCUUCCUACCUCUACCUCCCAAGCACUAGAAUUAUAGGCAGCAUGAACAUGCCCAUCUCAGAAAAUGCUCUUACUGAAGUAUUUCUGCAGUCAGCGCCCUUCAGCGGACACAACAUGAGCGCAUACACACACACACACACCCCCACAGGUUUCCAUGGUGUAUCUGUAAGUAUUCUCUGUGAGAGCCUGCCUCUACCACACUAAACACAAAUGCAUCCUGGAGUCUCCAGCACAUAGAUGGGAUCAGAAAAUUAACCUUUAUAGUGACUGGGAAGCAUCUGAUAGGCAGACUAGAGUAAUGAGUAUGCAUAGGUGCAGUUCUUUGUGUAUAUGUGUGUGUGUGUGUGUGUGUGUGUGUGUGUGUGUGUGUGUGUGCUUAUAAAACUUGAAUGGCCAGGUGAUUGUGCUUGUGUUUGUGCAGCCAGAGAAAGGCAGCAGGUGUGGGCUGCAGCACAGCAGAGUGUAGCAGGAGCCCGCUGAGGAAUGGGCGGGGCACUCGGUGCAGUAACUAGGUGGAACCCUGAUAUGUGCCCUAGUCAGAAGUCACUGGAGGAGCUGAGCAUGAUACAUGCCUAAAAAGUGCCAGCACUUGGCAGGUAUGGGAGGAGGAUGAAGAGUUCAAGGUCAUCCUAACUCUUACAAAUCAAUACAUAAGGAGUCUGAAGUCCACUUGUGCCACAUGAAACCUUGUCUUUAAUAAAAGCCAUUGGAGGCAGCAGGGGUAAUCUGGUCGGUGUGCAUUCUAUACCCCAGUGGGCAUGGAGUCAGGUUUACUGGGAAGAGUGAAAGAGCUGGGACCUAGAGGGCCAGCGACCACCUGGUCUCAAGUGGUGCAUGUGGCAAGUGCAGAUGGGUUCAGGGUUUACUGAUGGACACAAGAUGUUCAGGAGACAGCAACUCAGGCUGGACAGGUCACUUUGGAGGAGAGAUGGACAUAUGGGUCUGACCCUCUGUAGUUUGAGGAGCCUGCUGGUGGGCCAGGGCCAGGGUGGGAAAGAGUUAGAGGCUAGAGGUUCAAGUCUGGAAGUCUCCCUGUAUAUGGCCUGAGUCCAGGGUCCUGGUUUUUCCAUUUCAACUCUACAACCACUGCACUUCUUAGUGCUGUGCUCAAGAGUGAAUAGCCAUUGCUGUGAAUGAAUACAUUGAGUGACAGGUCCUUCCAAAGCAAAGUCCCAUUGUCUGUCCAGGGCCAGAGUCAGCCCACAGCUAAGCUAUGGUGUCUCUGUUGUUGCCUGUACAUAUCUUACAAUGAAUGACAGGAGUAGGUAUACCAGAGAAAUGACAAGCUGCCAACCAAGGCUUUACCAGCGAUCCAGUUGUUAAAUACCACACAUGGCUAAGCAGGUCUACUCAGGAACUCCUGGUUCCAGAUCUUGCUGGUAAGCCUCGGGCUCUUUUGAUUGGGGUCUCAGGUGGGGGCUAAGACUGAAGCUGUGGUGAAGAGAGUUGAAUCCACUCCUGAGAAGACACCAGGUGGCCCCACUCUAUGCCCAUGUCUGAAGCAGAGAAGUAGAAGGGGUGGACCCUGAAGGUGUAACAGCCUGUGAAUGUGCAUGUGUGGAUGUGUUCAUUCUUGCUGUGGGAGUAUGCAUGGGUUCCUUUGUGUGCAUGUGUAAGUGAUCACGUGUGCCUGAGCUCACUCUUCUUUAUGAAUGAGCAUUUGGAUAAGUAAGUUUUGAUUUUUUACAUGUGUGGUUGAGUUGGUGAAUAAGUGUAUAUGAGUGUUGGUAUGUAUGAAUGUGUGCAUGCCAGUAUGUGUGUGCACAUGUGUAUUUAUGAAUGCACACAUCUUUGUGUAUACAUUUGUAUCUGAAUGCAUGUGCAUGCAUAUGAGUAUACACUGUGUCUGUGGAUGUACACCUGUGUGCGUAUGAAGGUAACUAUGUUGUAUGUGCAUGUUUGCAUAUAUAAGACACAGACACACAUACUUUAGUGUGCAUGCGUGUAUGCACAUGAGGGUGUGUGUCUCUGAUUGCAUACAUGUGGUCCCAAGAGGGGAUUCACAGAUGUGAGGAUGUGGGGGCAUUUCCUCAGGAACCCCUGCUGUCCUGCUGGCUGCCCCCUCUUCCUGCCCUGAGGGGAGAGGCCCUAGCUACAUAAAGAGGCGUGGAGCCACCACUCCUGAUGCUGGUCCAUACCUGCUGCUGCUACCUCCUAGGCCCUGCCAGGGGGAGGGAGCCUGAAGUGUCAGUGUUGAAUGCUUGGGAGACUCCUGCCCUAAACCUUCCCAGGAGCAGGUCCCACCUGCUCGCUCCCAUGACCAACAUGAGCUGGAGCUUCCUGACGCGGCUGCUGGAGGAGAUCCACAAUCAUUCCACCUUCGUGGGCAAAGUGUGGCUCACUGUGCUAGUGGUCUUCCGAAUUGUGCUAACGGCUGUGGGUGGCGAGUCCAUCUAUUCGGAUGAGCAAUCCAAGUUCACCUGCAACACGCGGCAGCCGGGCUGUGACAAUGUCUGCUAUGACGCCUUCGCGCCCUUGUCGCACGUGCGCUUUUGGGUCUUUCAAAUCGUGGUCAUCUCCACGCCUUCUGUCAUGUACCUGGGCUAUGCAGUCCACCGCCUGGCGCGCGCCUCGGAGCAGGAACGCAGACGCGCCCUCCGUCGUCGCCCCGGCCCCCGGCGCGUGCCCCGGGCGCAGCUGCCACCGCCGCCUCCUGGCUGGCCGGACACCACGGAUCUGGGUGAGGCGGAGCCCAUACUGGCGCUGGAGGAGGAGGAGGACGAGGAGCCGGGGGCGCCCGAGGGCCCCGGGGAAGACACGGAGGAGGAGCGCGCAGAGGAUGUAGCUGCCAAGGGGGGCGGAGGUGAUGGCAAAACGGUGAUCACUCCUGGCCCGGCCGGGCAGCACGACGGGCGACGGCGCAUCCAGAGGGAGGGCCUGAUGCGCGUGUACGUGGCUCAGCUGGUGGUAAGGGCGGCCUUCGAGGUGGCCUUUCUGGUGGGCCAGUACUUGCUGUACGGCUUCGAGGUGCCACCUUUCUUUGCCUGUAGCCGCCAGCCUUGCCCGCACGUGGUGGACUGCUUCGUGUCGCGGCCAACCGAGAAGACGGUCUUCCUGCUGGUCAUGUAUGUGGUUAGCUGCCUAUGCCUGUUGCUCAACCUCUGUGAGAUGGCGCACCUGGGUCUUGGCAGCGCGCAGGACGCUGUACGCGGCCGUCGGGGAGCCUCAGCGCCGGGUCCUGGCCCAGCGCCGCGCCCGCCGCCCUGCGCUUUCCCAUCCGCCGCCGCCGCCGGGCUGGCUUGCCCUCCCGAAUACAGCCUGGUGGUGCGCGCGGCUGAGCGGGCGCGUGCGCACGACCAGAACUUGGCUAACCUGGCCCUGCAGGCACUGCGCGAUGGGGCGGCGGCGGCAGCGGUGGUCGCGGAUCGGGACAGCCCGCCAUGCUCAGGGCUCAAUGCAGCCUCUCGGGGGGCACCCAGGGCGGGUGGCCCAGCUUCCGGAACCGGUAGCGCCACGUCGGGGGGCACCGUUGGGGAGCAGGGCCGGCCGGGAGCUCAGGAACCGCUGGCCACUAAGCCCAGGGCUGGCUCUGAGAAGGGCAGCACAGGCAGUAGGGACGGCAAGGCCACGGUGUGGAUCUGAGGGCACUGGGGAGAGAGCUCAGGGAGGGUCUGGCUUGAGGGGUCAAUGGAAACCUUUCUGUCCUCAACCGGUGACCGCUGACAGACCCCCUAAGGGCUUUUAGAAGAGGAAGCUGAAGACCCUUAAGAAGCGCUGGCUCAGGUAUCUCCCUGCAGGAUGGGAAGGGGAGUCACCAGGGUCUUGUCUGUGGCCCCUGGGGAGGGGGAAGGGGGCAGAGCUGUGUCCCAGGAACUGACUGCCCCUCCAGGCUGUUAAGCAGAUGACCCCUCAGUCAUCCGCUGGGUCUACCAGUCCUUCCUUUUAGGCUCUCCUGCAGCUUCCUCGUAGGAUGGAGGUGUCUGGCAUGAACCUUUUGGGGACUGUGCUUACCCUCACUGAAGGAGCAUAUAGGUUCCUCUACAGCCCCCUCAGCCUUUACAGAGCCAGGGAACUCCCAGGUCCGGGACAAGCGAUAGCCUUGGUCUACUCCCAGCUCUUGGCUCCCUGCUUGAGGCAACUGAAGGAGGCCGGGGCAGAGUAUAGCCUCCACUCCCUGAGCUGAGGUAGCCUGGCAUGGGCCGUUUCUAGGACAUCCUGGGAGUUCUGUCAUGCCUUGCUGCUUAGAUCCAUAAGGCUGUGGUCCAGGGCUGUGGUUUUGACUAUGAUGGAAGAUUAGAGCUCUGGGGAGCCUGUCCCCAUCUUUUGUGCCCUUCUCCCUGUUUUAAAGCCAACUUCCGGAACAAAUGAAGAAAAUAAAACUAACUUUUUGUUUACA